AUGUCGUCGAAAGCGUCCUACUCCAGUAGCGAUAUGCUGCCGCCAAAAUCUACUAGCACCACCACGGUAACGAUCGCAGGAAAGAAGAAGACGACACCGUGGGAGAAGAAGAUGGAGCAGCGGAGAAAGCAAGAUUCUAUCAAGCAAAGGGAGCGCGAGAUGAAGGCCGAAAAGGAGUCCGAGGCGGAGAGGAAGAAACAGGUGACGCGCGAAAGGAAGCAGAUGGCCGAAGAGAAGGCGCGACUCGAGAUCAUGGCACAAAAGAUGAGCGCCAAAAGACUUGCACGCAAGAAGCGUCGUCUGGGCAUCACCAAAAAAGUCUCGCACGCCUAA